GGGGACUGCAUUUUAGGGUUUGCACAGACAGACAGAGAGACGGAGGGGAGAGAGACUCGGAAGACAGAGAGGGGAAUCGGAAGAGGCGCGACAGCCUACUUUGAACAAUUUCAAGCUAGGUGGCCUCUUCCUGGAGCUUGCUAGGAAGUCGAACCACAGCCAUUGGCACAGGGUUUUUGGUCAGGAGACGGACUAGAGAUCGACACUAGGCCUGGGUGGCGAGCACGCCGGAGCAGGUAUCAUGAAUGCUGUCACCGUGCGCUGCGCCGCCUCGGUUGGCGUCCGCUCCUUGGCCAGGGUUGGGGCGCUUACAAACCGGGCGGCAGCCACGCCUAGUUUCGUCCGGCCUUGUGGUUUCACAAGGAUUGUGCAGAGAAAAGUGCACAGGGUUGCAAAUGGGAGGCGGGAAGGGGCUCGCCCGGUAAUGGCGGUUGCCGAGGCGGAGGUUGAGGAGGAUGAGGAAGAGGAGGUGAAACCGGCCGCGCCGACAAGGGCAAAGAAGCAGACGCUGAGGAGCGUGCUAUCAGGAAAGGAUAGGAAACGAUCGGUGCGGUACUUGAAGACUUCCAAGGGUCGUGUGAAGCAGCAGGUGUAUGACCCCAACACAGCCAUCCAGAUCGUCAAGAACAGCGCCAAUGCCAAGUUCGUGGAGGCGGCCGAGGCGCACUUCCGCCUCAACAUUGACCCCAAGUACACCGACCAACAGCUCCGUGCCACCGUGUCGCUUCCCAAGGGCACCGGUCAGGUUGUGCGGGUAGCCGUCCUGACCCAGGGGGAACAGGUGGCCGCUGCAAAGGAGGCGGGAGCAGACAUUGUUGGGGGAGAGGACUUGAUCGAGCAGAUCCAGGGGGGGUUCAUGGAGUUUGACAAGUUGAUUGCCACCCCCGAUAUGAUGCCUAAGGUUGCCAAGCUCGGGAGAAUGCUCGGACCUAGGGGGCUGAUGCCCAACCCUAAGGCCGGAACCGUCACGCCGAACAUUGCUGAGGCUGUGGUCGAGUUCAAGGCCGGAAAGGUAGAAUACCGUGCGGACAAGACGGGCAUCGUCCACUUGUCCUUCGGAAAGGCCAACUUCAAGGACGAGGACCUGCUUAUCAACCUGGCCGCUGUGACGAACUCGAUUGAGGUGAACCGGCCGACGGGAUCGAAGGGGGUGUACUGGAAGAGUGUCUACGUGAGCAGCACAAUGGGCCCAUCUAUCAAGGUUGAUGUCAACCAGCUACGAGAGCUCCGGACCCUGUUAGCUGCGUAGAAAGGUACAUAUAAGCGGGGGUUGCCGAUUCUUGCAAGGUACAGGUGAAGCUAGGUUGACCGUUAAGGGAAGGCCGAGCCUGGCGUUUUGCAACAAAAUGGUUACGGGGUGUUCGACGAAACGAAGGCGGCAUGUACGCGGUGUCUGCAAGCGUGCCUUUGCAAGCUGAUACUGUUGAGCAAUGACAUUCCGAAGGGCUCGAGCAUGAUGUCCUACAGUCCUCUCUCGCUCAUUUGAUCAAUGUCGCUGGGGGUGGUCCUCUGCAUUGAAUCGUUUAGGCUUUGGAGCGCAGUUCAGAUGCGCAAUUACAUCUUGCACGUGUGCCUGGAGUUGGGAGUGUAUGUUCAAUUUGCG